UUUCUUUUAUUAUAACCAGUUAUGAAUUAUUAGUAGAUAGUAGUAACCAGUUCAGUUCAAUGAACUCCAUUAAUAGCAUAACAAUUUAAUUAAAUUGUAAAAUAAUAUUUAAUUCACGUGAGCUUAUAACGAUGUCUUUGCUUAAUAAAUUUACCAGAAACCGGCCUAGUAGGUGCUUCAAUUUGACAUUCCAUAGAGAUUUAAAUGUAGCCAUAAUUGGUCAGAGUACAUUUGCUGCUGAAGUAUACAAAUUAUUGUUAAAAUACGGUCACCAUGUUGUAGGUGUUUUUACUAUUUUAGAUAAGGGAAAUCGACAAGAUCCUUUAGCUGCUGUAGCGGGUGAAGGAGGCACACCUGUAUUUAAAAUAAAAGCAUGGCGACAAGGUGAAAAAGCUCUACCUGAAGUAUUUGCUCAGUAUAAAAAAGUUAAUGCUGAUCUUAAUGUUCUACCAUUUUGUUCACAAUUUAUUCCAAUGGAAGUUAUUGAGUAUCCAAAACAUAGAAGUAUAUGUUAUCACCCAUCAAUUUUACCUAAACAUAGAGGAGUCAGUGCUAUAAAUUGGACUCUUAUAAAUGGUGACACUGAAGCUGGAUUUUCAAUAUUUUGGGCUGACGAUGGUCUUGAUACUGGACCAAUUCUAUUACAAAAGUCAUGUCCUGUUUUACCUGAUGACACAGUUGAUUCUUUAUAUAAUAGAUUCUUAUAUCCCGAAGGCAUAAAAAGUAUGGCUGAAGCAGUUAACAUGGUUGCUGAUGGAACAGCUCUGGUAAUUCCACAAUCUACUGAAGGAUCAUCUUUUGAACCAUCUAUUAGAAAAAAAGAAUUACAAAAAGUAGAUUGGUUAAAAAAUUCUUCGGAGGUUCAUAAUUUUAUUAGAGGACUAGAUAGUUCUCCAGGGGCUUGGACUAUUUUAGAUGGAAAAGAAGUAAAAUUAUUUCAAGCAGCUUUAUGGAAGGCUGAAACACCUAUAGGUGAUACAAUUAUCAUUGAUGAUCUUAAAACACCGGGUAUUGUACAUGACAAUGGUCUUUUAGUGACUUGUUCUGAUGGUCAAAAGAUAAAUAUCAGUAGAUUAUCUGUAAAUGGUCAAAUGAUGGCAGCAAAAUACUAUGGUAAAAAGAUUACACACCAAGAAGUUAUUGAGUAUACUGAAAAAGAAAAAGAUUUUAUUUCAGUUAUAGAAAAUAUCUGGAAUAAUAUAUUGAACAUGAAGGUGGAAAAAGACACAAAUUUUUUUCAGUCUGGUGCAGGCUCUAUGGAUGUUGUUAGAUUAAUUGAGGAGAUAAAAGAAAAACUGAAAUUGACAUUAAAAAAUGAUGAUGUGUUUAUGUCUCCAGUAUUUAAUGAAUUUUGUAAUUCUGUAGUGAAAAGAUCUAGAGGAACAUUUGAUACUAUUAAACAAUUAAAAUAUGAUCAAGUUGAGAUGGAUGUUAACAAUAUGAAAUUAAGAUUUGCUAAGCAACUUUUUAUUAAUGGCCAGUUUGUUAACUCAGAAUCUGGAAAAACAAUUGAUUGUAUUAAUCCUGCAGAUGAAUCUAUUAUUUGUUCGGUUCAAUGUGCUACAGAAAUUGAUGUAGAUCAAGCAGUUAAUGCUGCUACUAGAGCUUUUUAUGGUGAAUGGUCAGAAAUGAAUCCACGAGAUAGAGGUGCUUUAAUGUAUAAAGUGGCUGAUUUACUUGAUAAAAAUAGAGAAGAACUUGCAACCAUAGAGUCAAUAGAUUCUGGUGCAGUUUAUACACUAGCUCUUAAAACUCACAUAGGUAUGUCAAUAGAUGUUUGGAGAUAUUUUGCUGGCUGGGCUGAUAAAAUCCAUGGGCAAACAUUACCUAUAUCUCAUGCCAGACCUAAUAGAAAUUUAGCUUACACAAAAAAAGAGCCAAUUGGGGUAUGUGGCAUAAUUACACCAUGGAAUUAUCCAUUGAUGAUGUUAUCAUGGAAAAUGGCUGCUUGUUUGGCAGCUGGUAAUACAGUUGUAAUGAAACCAACCGAACUAUCUCCAUUAACUUCUUUAAAGUUUGCAGAAUUAUCUGUUGAGGCUGGAUUUCCUUCAGGAGUAAUAAAUAUUCUUCCAGGAUUAGGUUCUGAAGUAGGUAAAGCAAUAGUAGAACACCCAGAUAUUAGAAAAGUAGGAUUCACUGGAAGUACAUUAACGGGCCAUUCUAUUAUGAAAGCUGCUGCAGAAUCAAAUCUUAAAAAAAUUUCUUUAGAGCUAGGUGGGAAAUCGCCAUUAGUUAUAUUUGAUGACUGUGAUUUAGAAAGAUCUGUAAAAAUUAGCAUGAGUGGUGUUUUUUUCAAUAAAGGAGAAAAUUGUAUUGCUGCAGGUAGGGUAUUUGUUGAAUCUAACAUACAUGAUAAGUUUGUAGAAAGAGUUAUUGAAGAGAUUAAAAAAAUUAAAAUUGGAAAUCCAUUGGAUCGUGAUACCCAUCAUGGUCCUCAAAAUCACAAAGCUCAUUUACAAAAAUUAAUCAACUUUUGUAAAAAAGGUCAAGAUGAAGGUGCUAUUUUAAAAAUUGGCGGAAAACAGUUAAAUAGGCUUGGUUAUUUCUUUGAACCUACUGUAUUUACUGGUGUUGAAGAUCAUAUGUAUAUAGCUCAUGAAGAAUCUUUUGGUCCAAUUAUGGCGAUUUCAAGAUUUAGUGGAAGUGAUCUAAAUGCUGUAAUUAAAAGAGCCAAUGCUACUGAAUAUGGGUUAUCUUCUGGUGUGUUCACAAAAGACAUUAGUAAAGCAUUGAAAUUUGCUGAAAAAAUUGAUGCGGGUACUGUAUUUAUCAACACUUAUAAUAAAACAGAUGUCGCAGCUCCAUUUGGAGGUUUUAAGAGAUCUGGUUUUGGCAAAGAUUUAGGCGAAGAAGCAUUGAAUGAGUAUUUAAAAACAAAAUGUAUUACAAUAGAAUACUAAAUUGGUAGAAUAAAGGAAAAAAAAUUAUAAUAAUAGUGGGAGAGGAUUAUUUCAUCCAAAUGACCUAAAUCAAGAGAAUGUUUUCAAACAUGCUAUUCAAGAUGUAAAUGCUAACAGACACAUAUUCAGUAGAUCAAAUUUGACAGGACAAAUCGAAAAAGUUUCCCCGC